UGGUUAGUCUUGUCUUUUAAAAUCAUACAUGUCACCAAUCUCUCUCUCUCUCUCUCUCUCUCUCACUUACAGUCACUUUAUAUGCUCUCUCUCUCUAGCCUCCUAGAGCUAAAGUGAGUCUUUGAUCUAUAAAGAGUAGGAAUUCGGUACUCGGUUGUUGUUUCUGCAAGUUCCCUGUUGGUGAAUUUGGUUUCUUUGUCCUGUAGAAUUUAAGCAACCAUUUGGUGCCUUCCAGGGUUCCAUCGAACACCCAAAUUCAGGAACGCUGUCUCCGGACUCUGUCCAUUUCAAUUUAUCUGUAAUUCGAGUCGAAUUCAUUCGAUGCUUUCUUCUGCCCCUUUUUGGGUCUCACUUGAAGAGAUUCAACUCAACUCAAGCUUGGAUUGGAUUGAAAUUAGUGUUUAAUUGUGGGGAGGAUGUAGAAGUCAUUGCAAAAGAGGGAAGAAAAGGGAAUCUGCUUUCUUUUUGCUUGUCCGGUGAGCUGUUGCUUAGCUAUUGCCAUUUGUUUUCUUCUUUGCCUACUUUAUGCUCUGAAAGUUCAUACUUUCUUGUCUCUGGGAAUUACUUUUUUUUUUUUUUUUUUGGUUUGCCCCCUGCAUUAGAGAGUAGACUUGAGCCUAGGGUUUUCGAAAGAAGUAACAAGUAGCUGGUGCUACGUGGAUUUUAUGCCUGCUACAUUGAUUUCCCCUUUUCUUUUGUGUGUACUGUGGAUGCUGCAAUGGGAGGUUUUCUUUUGCUUUAACCCCUGCCUUCUAUAAAGCUGCCAUGGUUGUUUGUUCCUGGUUGAGCCCUGCAAGAUAUAACCAGCUAAUUUUGGUCAAACUCACUUUCCCUUUCUGUAUAUAAUUCAUUCUUUGCUGCGACCAUAUCUAGCCCUGGUUUGGGCAGCCAUUGCGGUUUGUUUUGAAGGUUUUUGAGGCCUUGUUUUUGUCUUCAGAACAUGGGUUCUGAGGAUACAGCUAACGAAAUGGGAUUUCAGCAUAGAAGUGGUGACACCAUUCUGAAUUGCCCAUCAACGGGGAUGAACAUGAAUCUCAUCCCUGAUAAGGCUGCAGGAAUCGCAAUGAGUUCGAAUCCUUUUUUCUGUUCCAGUUGGGAUCCCCUUGUUUCACUGAGCCAGAGUGAGAAUUUUGGAGCUUCUCCAGUGGUUCCUCAUAGUGAAUUUGGCAAUUCACCUUAUUCUGUGGUAAUGGAAAAUCAGGGGAUUCAUAGCACCUCCCACCUUGUUCACUUCCCAUCCGAUUCUGGUCUUGUUGAGAUGGUCCCAAGACUUCCGAGCUUCGGAAGCGGAAGCUUCUCGGAGAUGGUCGGUUGCUUUGGCCUGCCGGAGGGCGGUGGCCGGAUUGCUAGUGCUGGCUGUCCUCCAAAUUAUACCCCAAACAAGGAGGAUGGCACUGAGAAAGCUUCAACAAAUGGUGCACCUUCUCAGAUCUCAGAAGAGGAAGCAAUGGGAAGCUCACCUUGUGGGAAAAGGAAAUCUAGAAUGCCCGAGUCCAAUUCUCCCUUCAAUCCCAGUAAGAAUGUGGAUGGAGAGCAGCAAACGGACAUCUCAGGCGAUGGCUUGGAAUACCCGAAAGAACAGGAGGAGAAGAAACAGAAAACUAAACAAAAUGCGAGUGUGAAUUUGCGCGGUAAGCAAACAGGUAAACAAGCGAAGGACAAUUCCAAUAGUGGGGAAACGUCCAAAGAAAAUUACAUUCAUGUGAGGGCCAGAAGAGGCCAGGCAACCAAUAGUCACAGCCUUGCAGAAAGGGUCAGGAGAGAGAGGAUUAGUGAGCGAAUGAGAUUGCUUCAAGAACUUGUCCCAGGAUGCAAUAAGAUUACAGGGAAGGCUGUAAUGCUUGAUGAGAUUAUCAACUAUGUGCAAUCGUUGCAACAACAGGUCGAGUUUCUGUCGAUGAAACUCGCCACUGUCAAUCCAGAACUUGACAUUGAUAUAGACAGAAUCCUAUCCAAAGAGGUUCCGAUCUCACGUGGCAGCAGUGCAGUCGUUCCUGGAUUUGUUCCAGGAAUAAGCACUUCUCACCCUUACCCACCAGGUAUUCCACAGUCAGCCUUGCAGGGAAUCCUGCCAUUCCAUCCCAUCCAUCCGAAUGCAUGGGGGGACAAUGAGCUCCAAAGCUUUCUCCAAAUGGGAUUUGAUUCCAAUCCUGCGAUCAGCAAUCUGGGACCAAAUGGUGACUGCAAGAAGCUCGGUUGAGAUUCGGUGGCCGCAAACUUGUUUACCGGUUCUUACUUUAAACUCAAAAACGCGGAUCGUUAUGUUUGUUAGUGCAGGCGGAUCAAAAUUGGAGCCGUCAGGAUUAUGAGAUUUAUCCAAGGGGAAGAAGAGUUGCUUCCCUCUAGAGUUCUAACACAGGCUAUUCAACUACUCACAAGUUGACUGCAGAUUAGAUUGUACUGGCAAUGGAAAUGGAAAGAAAAAAAGAAAGAAAGAAAGAAACUGGAAAACCAGGAAAAAAGAGUUGUAUUUGUAUAGGGGGGUCUCAGCUCCUAACUGUUUGUUUUUCUUCGAAUUUUAGCAGAAGAAGAAGAAGAAGAAGAAGAGUAGACAGACAGAUAAACAAAGCAUAUGUAUAUUCAGAGUUGAGGGGGGAAAACUGGGAAUUUUUAUUGGUGAAGUCAGAAGUGAUGGGCUUUUUAAUUUGUUGGAUUAAUUUGAUGGGCUUUAAUUUUUAUAUA